AAUCUAUUUAUAAUCAACACCUUCGAUUUUUCUCUGCAAUUUUCACUUGCCUUCUUUCCGCGCCACAUACUGCCUGCUGCCGCCCUUAUUUCUACAGAGAGAGAGAGAGAGAGAGAGAGAGGUGAAGAACCCAGAUAGAAAGAAUCAAGAAAUCUGCAAAAGAUAAGACGUAAAUUUAAUUAAUUAUUAGUGAACUAAAUCAAAUUAAAAUGGAAGAUAAUCAAAUUAAAAUGGAAGAUGAUACGUGGAGCUUUGGUCUCUCUACUUCUUCUUCAAGGAGCUAUCAAUCAGUUCUCAAGUCUCUUUCUGAUCUUUGCAUUGAUUUUGAAGAGAUAGAAGAAGAAGAUGAUGAUGAUGAUUUAAGGACGGAGUAUCAGUGCCCUUAUUGUACAGAUGAUUUUGAUUUAGUUGAGCUGUGCUUCCAUGUUGAUGUGGAGCAUUAUUUAGAAGCCAAGUCUGGGGUAUGCCCUGUUUGUUUCACCAAGGUGGGGGUGGAUAUGGUUGAUCACAUAACAACAGAACAUCAAACCAUUUACAAGAGUUUGCAAAAACUGAAACUUCGGAAAGGUGAGUCACAUUCGAAUUCUACUUUUCUGAAGAAGGAGUUAGAGGAUGGAUAUUGGCAAGCGUUAUUUAGUGGAUCAUCCUCAGUGGUUUCUUCCUCCAAUUUAGCACCUGAUCCAUUGCUUUCAUUCCUUUGCAAUGUACCCCCUGCUGAGAAGAAUGAGAGUGCACAGCCUAGUUUAUCAAGUAAAGUGACCGUAGAAGAGAAAAACUCAGAUGUGAAACUAUUGGAAAGGAAUGAUCACCUAUCACCUUUGUCAGAUGAGGAACACAUGGAGAAGGCAAGGAGAAGUGAGUUCGUACAGGGAUUGUUAUUGUCCACUAUAUUCGAUGAUGGACAAUGAAUGAAACACAAUAUUAGCGUUGUUGAUUGUCAACUUGAGAUUAAAACAAAAAGGUCUUAAUUGUGAAUGCUAUGUUGAAUAUACCUUGUCUAAUAGAGCUAGAUUAGAUGCAGCUCUGAAUUGUAUCCCGCAAUUGUAUGUAAUCCAUGAGGCCAGAUCGGAGCCAGAAUUUCAAAGCUCCUGUGCGUAAUGGAAAUUUAGCGUUAUUCUUCUAGCAAAA